AUGAGUGCAACUGGUAAUAUUAUCGUCGUCUCUAAUAGACUUCCAGUUACUAUUAAUAAGAACAAGCAAACCGGGGAAUAUGAUUAUACUAUGUCUUCAGGUGGCUUGGUUACUGCUUUACAAGGUUUGAAGAAAGCUUCUACUUUCCAAUGGUAUGGUUGGCCAGGUUUGGAGAUUCCUGAUGAUGAGAAGGAAAAAGUUAAAAAGGAUCUGUUAGAGAAAUUCAAUGCUGUUCCUAUUUUCAUGAGUGAUGAAAUUGCCGAUUUACAUUACAACGGGUUCUCGAAUUCUAUUUUAUGGCCAUUGUUUCAUUAUCACCCUGGUGAAAUUAACUUUGAUGAAAAUGCUUGGUUGGCUUAUAAUGAAGCCAAUAUGACUUUUGCCAAUGAAAUUGCCAAGAAUAUGAAAUCUAAUGAUUUAAUUUGGGUCCAUGAUUACCAUUUGAUGUUGUUACCAGAAAUGUUGAGAAAUCACAUCAACAAGAAUAAGAAUACCUUGCAAAAUAUUAAACUAGGUUGGUUUUUACAUACUCCUUUCCCUUCAAGUGAAAUUUAUAGAAUUUUACCAGUUAGACAAGAAAUCCUGAAAGGUGUUUUGUCUUGUGAUCUGUUAGGUUUCCAUACUUAUGAUUAUGCUAGACAUUUCUUAUCAUCUGUUCAAAGAGUCUUGAAUGUUAAUACUUUACCAAAUGGUGUCGAAUAUCAAGGAAGGUUCGUCAACGUCAGUGCCUUCCCAAUUGGUAUCGAUGUCGACACUUUCACUGAUGGUUUAAAACAAUCUUCUGUAAUUAAAAGAAUUCAAGAAUUGAAGGAAACUUUUAAAGGUUGUAAAAUUAUUGUCGGUGUGGAUCGUCUAGAUUACAUUAAAGGUGUUCCACAAAAGUUACAUGCAAUCGAAGUGUUUUUAAAUGAACAUCCGGAAUGGAUCGGCAAAGUCGUGUUAGUUCAAGUUGCUGUCCCAAGUCGUGGUGAUGUUGAAGAAUAUCAAUAUCUGAGAUCCACUGUAAAUGAAUUGGUUGGUAGAAUCAACGGUCAAUUCGGUACCGUUGAAUUCGUCCCUAUUCAUUUCAUGCACAAGAGUAUCCCAUUUAAUGAAUUGAUCUCAUUAUACGCUGUAAGUGAUAUCUGUCUAGUUUCUUCUACCAGAGAUGGUAUGAAUUUGGUCUCUUAUGAAUACAUCGCUUGUCAGGAAGAAAAGAAAGGUCAAUUGAUCUUGAGUGAAUUUACAGGUGCCGCUCAAUCAUUAAACGGUGCUAUCAUUGUUAACCCAUGGAACACAGAUGAAUUGUCAGAUGCCUUAAAUGAAGCAUUAACUUUGCCAGAGGAAAAGAAAGAAGCAAACUGGGAAAAAUUAUACAAGUAUAUCUCCAAGUAUACCUCUGCCUUCUGGGGUGAAACUUUUGUUCACGAAUUAUACAAUACAACAUCAACAAAUAUUAAGCACCCUAGCAAUCAUUCCUCAAACUUAUCUUCACGUUAA